CCGCGGGAAUGUAUUUUCGCGGGAGUCUGUCUUGCAGGACAUUCCGAUGAUGGGAUUAGCUGCCAUACAGGCAGCUACAGAUAGCUUUUCAGACCAGAAUAAACUUGGAGAAGGCGGAUUCGGUACAGUGUACAAGGGUAGACUGGCAGAGGGGAAGGAAAUAGCAGUCAAGAGGCUGUCGGAAACUUCAGGUCAAGGCAUUGUCGAACUGGCAAACGAAGUCACCUUGAUUGCGAAACUACAGCACAGGAACAUUGUGACACUCUUGGGAUGCUGCUUAGAGCAAAGUGAGAAGCUUCUAGUAUAUGAGUACAUGCCCAACAAGAGCUUAGACAUAGUUCUCUUUGAUUCGAGCAAGAGUGCGCGACUUGAUUGUAAGACACGCCUGAAGAUCGUUCACGGAGUCGCUCGAGGACUUCUGUACCUGCACGAGGAUUCUCGUCUCAAAAUCAUCCACAGGGACCUCAAGGCUAGCAACAUCUUGCUGGAUGAUGACAUGAACCCAAAGAUAUCGGACUUUGGGAUGGCAAGGAUUUUUGGGGAUAACCAAAUCGAUGCAAACACCAACAAGGUUGCAGGAACAUAUGGAUACAUGGCUCCAGAGUACGCGAUGGAAGGGAUUUUUUCAAUGAAGUCGGACGUUUAUAGCUUCGGGGUUCUUGUGCUAGAGAUAAUUAGCGGAACAAAGAGUAGCUGCUCGCAUUCGACAGAACCUGAUGCUUCAAUACAACAGGCAUGGAAACUUUGGUCCCAGGGCCGAGCGCUGGAAUUGAUGGACGCUUCGGUUGCAGAGUCGUCCGAUGCAGAUCGAGUGCUGAAGUGCAUCCACAUUGGGCUGUUGUGCGUGCAAGAAAAUGCGGAGAACCGGCCGUCUAUGACCUCCGUUGUGGUCAUGCUGGGUGGGAACAGCACAGAACUUCCCAGGCCGAUAGAACCGAUGAGCUCGGCUGGACGAGCACUUUCACUCUCGGUAUCCGACGAGCCGCUUCUUUAGGCGUUCCUUGGUUUGAUGUGUUGCUGUUACUAGUGUUAUCAUAAAGGAAACUUGUCCAUCGGACACGAUCGAAGUUCUCAGGAAGAAAGAUGAGACCUUAUGAAUUAGUAUUCUGAAUU